AUGGACUGCCCUAUUAAAGUUAGCCAAUUGAAAUCAAGUACAGAAUAGAGAGAAACCUUCGAUAAACUAUUCAAAGUGCCUGCUUAACAUGUUUAAAGAGCUUAAUAAAAACACUAAUCGAAAUCUGAUUUAAUAAAUGAAUUGCGCCAUGAGAACGACGAAUUGAAAAAUACCAUUAAUGAAUUAAAGGAUAGAAUCUAAGAGUUAGAAGUGCAACUAAAAGGAAAGCAAGCCCCCUAAAUUGAGGAAGAAAAUCAAGAGACAAUUUCAGUUGAAAAACCAUAAUAAGAAUUUUAAGAAGAAAUGAAUGAAGAAGAGAAAUCUCUCCAUUUUGCCUUGAUGCUUUAAUAAUAAGAAGAGAUGGAAUUUUAAAAUCGAUUGAACUAAAUGUAAAAUAAUGUUGACUUAGAUGAAAUGAGUUACGAAUAAUUAUAAGAACUUUAAGAGUAGAUGGGAUUUGUGAGUCGAGGAUUAGUGGAACACUAAAUCUAAAAGCUUCUGAAGCAAUGCAUCAUUUAAAACUAAACAAAUGAUUGUUGCACAAUUUGUUUAGAAGACAGUGGAAGUCCUGUUGAAAUUCAAUUGGAGUGUGGACAUGUGUUCCAUAAGGAAUGCAUUUCAGAAUGGUUAUCCAGAGAAAAGCAUUGUCCAGUUUGCAAGAGAGAUAUCGAAUUGGGAAAACUUAAGUGAAUUGAUCUGUUAUUUAAUUUUUGUUUAUUGCAUAUUAUUAAUCAAUUUAUAUAAAAUAA